CGUUGGAUUGGAGUUCCAUUUUUGACCUUUCGCUAUCUGGAUCUAGGGUUUCCUUCUUUUCUCUACAGACUUUCACCAUCUUCAACAAAAAAAAAAAAAAAAAAAGAAGAAAAGAAAAAAGCAAACAAACCCUAGCUUGCACCACCUUUACUUUUAGACUGAAGAGAUCUUUUUCCUGUUGCAAUUUCAAAGAAAUCGGAUUCAGAUCAUAUAAUGACUUUCUCUCCUGGAAAUUUAUGAUCUUUGAUGGACUUCAAAUUCAAAAGCUUGAAACUUUGAAGUAAAGAUUGAAAUUUUUUCUGGGUGAAUUUUGUGGAAAAAGAUGUAUAAAUCAGUGGUGUAUAAAGGAGAUGAGUUACUGGGAGAAGUAGAAAUAUACGCACAAGAACAACAGCAAGAAGAAGAAGAGAACAAGAACAAGAAGAAGAGAGUGAUUGAUGAGAUAGUGAAGGAAAUCAGAAUAAGCCAUUUCUCACAAACAAGUGAGAGAUGUCCACCACUUGCAGUGCUUCAUACAAUUACAUCUAUUGGUGUUUGCUUCAAAAUGGAAGAGUCAACUUCAUCAUCAACAACAAAGAUCUCUCAACAAGAAUCGCCGCUUCAUCUUUUGCACUCCUCCUGUAUCCAAGAAAACAAGACUGCAGUGAUGCAUCUGGGAGGGGAGGAGCUCCAUUUGGUUGCAAUGCCCUCCAGGAGUAAUGAAAGACAGCAUCCAUGUUUCUGGGGAUUCAGUGUUGCACCAGGACUUUAUGACUCUUGUCUUGUCAUGCUGAACCUCAGAUGCCUGGGCAUUGUAUUUGAUCUUGAUGAAACUCUCAUAGUUGCAAAUACAAUGCGCUCAUUUGAAGAUAGAAUUGAUGCUUUGCAGCGGAAAAUAAGCACUGAGGUGGACCCGCAGCGCAUUCUUGGUAUGCUGUCAGAGGUCAAGAGGUAUCACGAUGACAAGAACAUUUUGAAGCAAUAUGUGGAAAAUGAUCAGGUUGUUGAAAAUGGAAAGGUGAUCAAAACACAGUCUGAGGUUGUUCCAGCCCUGUCUGACAACCAUCAACCUAUGGUUCGCCCCUUGAUACGGUUGCAAGAGAAGAACAUUAUUUUGACUCGUAUCAAUCCGCAGAUUCGUGAUACAAGUGUGCUUGUGAGGUUGAGACCUGCUUGGGAGGAUCUGAGAAGCUACUUGACUGCAAGAGGGCGCAAGCGCUUUGAGGUUUAUGUUUGCACAAUGGCUGAAAGAGAUUAUGCUUUAGAAAUGUGGAGGCUUUUGGAUCCAGAGUCAAACUUGAUAAACUCAAAAGAAUUGCUAGAUCGGAUUGUGUGUGUCAAGUCUGGUUUAAGGAAGUCCUUGUUCAAUGUCUUUCAAGAUGGAAUAUGCCAUCCUAAGAUGGCAUUGGUGAUAGAUGAUCGCUUGAAAGUGUGGGAUGAGAGGGAUCAAUCCCGUGUGCAUGUUGUUCCUGCAUUUGCUCCAUACUAUGCUCCUCAAGCUGAAGUAAAUAAUGCUGUUCCAGUAUUGUGCGUUGCGAGAAAUGUUGCUUGCAAUGUCAGAGGUGGUUUCUUCAAAGAAUUUGAUGAGGGCCUUCUGCAGAAGAUACCUGAGGUUGCAUACGAAGAUGAUACUGAUAAUAUUCCUUCUCCUCCUGAUGUGAGCAACUAUUUAGUUUCAGAGGAUGAUGCUUCUGCUGUAAAUGGAAAUAGAGAUCAACUUUCUUUUGAUGGCAUGGCAGAUGCUGAGGUUGAAAGACAGCUAAAGGAAGCAGUUUCAGCUUCUUCAGCAAUCCUCUCAACUAUUCCUUCAACAGUCAGUAGCUUAGAUCCAAGGCUUCUUCAGUCUCUCCAGUACACAAUAGCAUCUUCUUCAAGCUCGAUGCCAACAUCACAACCUUCAAUGCUGGCAUCACAACAACCAAUGCCAGCAUUACAACCACCAAAGCCUCCAUCACAACUAUCAAUGACGCCAUUUCCCAACACACAGUUUCCUCAGGUGGCUCCAUCAGUUAAACAAUUGGGCCAGGUUGUCCCUCCAGAACCAAGCUUGCAAAGUUCUCCUGCUCGAGAAGAGGGUGAAGUACCCGAAUCUGAAUUAGAUCCUGAUACAAGGAGGCGGCUUCUUAUAUUACAACAUGGGCAUGAUUCAAGAGACAAUGCACCAAGUGAAUCUCCAUUUCCUGCAAGACCUUCAACACAAGUUUCAGCUCCACGUGUGCAAUCUGUUGGAAGCUGGGUUCCAGUGGAGGAAGAGAUGAGCCCAAGGCAACUGAACCGAACACCUAGAGAAUUUCCUCUGGAUUCAGAUCCAAUGAAUAUUGAAAAGCACCGAACUCACCAUCCAUCCUUUUUCCAUAAGGUUGAGAGUAAUAUUCCGUCUGAUAGGAUGAUUCAUGAGAACCAAAGACAGCCAAAAGAGGCAACAUAUAGAGAUGAUCGGAUGAAGCUAAACCAUUCAACAUCUAAUUAUCCUUCCUUCCAAGGGGAGGAGAGUCCAUUGAGUAGAUCAUCCAGUAACAGGGAUCUUGACUUGGAAUCUGAACGAGCUUUUUCAAGCACAGAAACUCCAGUUGAAGUGUUACAGGAAAUUGCGAUGAAGUGUGGAACCAAGGUGGAAUUCAGGCCUGCUUUGAUUGCUACUAGUGAUCUGCAGUUUUCCAUUGAGACUUGGUUUGUAGGAGAGAAAGUUGGUGAAGGAACUGGUAAAACAAGAAGGGAAGCCCAACGCCAGGCAGCUGAGGGUUCUAUUAAGAAGUUAGCUGGCAUAUAUAUGUCACGUGUGAAGCCUGAUUCUGGGCCCAUGCUUGGGGAUUCAAGUAGAUAUCCUAGUGCAAAUGAUAAUGGUUUCUUGGGUGAUAUGAAUUCUUUUGGGAAUCAACCAUUGCUGAAAGAUGAGAACAUUACGUAUUCAGCUACUUCAGAGCCAUCCAGACUUCUGGAUCAAAGGCUGGAAGGCUCUAAGAAAUCAAUGGGUUCGGUCACUGCACUCAAAGAAUUUUGCAUGACGGAGGGUCUUGGGGUAAAUUUUCUGGCACAGACUCCACUUUCAACUAAUUCAAUACCGGGAGAGGAGGUACAUGCACAGGUUGAAAUAGAUGGACAAGUUCUGGGGAAGGGUAUUGGGUUGACAUGGGAUGAAGCUAAGAUGCAGGCUGCUGAAAAGGCCCUUGGAAGUCUAAGAACAAUGUUUGGUCAAUACACACCAAAACGUCAGGGUUCCCCUAGGCUAAUGCAAGGGAUGCCAAAUAAACGUCUAAAGCAAGAGUUCCCACGGGUUCUGCAGCGCAUGCCCUCUUCUGCUAGAUAUCACAAGAAUGCUUCUCCUGUUCCUUGAAGACCAUAAAGUAAUUCCUUUUCCCACUUUGUUGAACAGAACCGCGGAUUGCGUUGAUCUCGAGCCACCAGUUGAAUUGUUGGUCAAGUCUUUUGCUACGUAUAAAAUGAAGCCAAGAAGAGCUCCCCCACCUGACCAAUCUUAUUGCAGAAUUUUUUCCAAGUGACUGCAAUUCUGUGAUGUUCAAAUAUUUGUGAUUUCUGCCUCUUUCUCCGAAUCAAGUAUCCGCUGCUCCGGAAUGCACAGAAGGCUCGUGCAUCAAGAAAGGCAGGGCUACAUACCCCCGAUUAUUGUUGUGCGGUCAAUGCUGCCGCUGCCUUGGUCCGGACUGUUUAUGAUGUUUACAUGUUUAACCCGAGUCAAAACUUGAUGAUGGGGGAGUGUUUUCUGGCUAUAUGCUCAGAGUAUCUGCUCCGACCCACCGUUGACACUGUAGAUGUAAAAUCUAACCACCCGGUUAUGUUGGCUGUCUCCACUUUACCAGGUCAAGUUGGAUCCUGAGUUUUAACCUAGCAAAUGUAGAACUUCAUUUGUUCAAAUGGGGUGAAAGUUUUCAA